AAAAAGCAUUUGGCUGGUUUGGGUACUCUGGGUCUGGGCACACUCAUUACAGAAAUCACUGCCAAUGAGGAGGAGGAGGAGGAUCAAGAGGAAAGCAGGGAGUCUGGUACUGUGGAUGCAGAAGGUUGGGUGAAGAGCACAGAGGAUGCAGUUGAUUAUUCUGACAUCAGUGAGGUCGCUGAGGAUGAGACAAAAAAGUACCGUCAGGCCAUGGGGUCUUUGCAACCCAGCAGGAAAACAGAUGAUGAAGAUGACUAUGAUGCUGAUUGCGAGGAUAUUGAUUCUAAGCUCAUGCCUCCACCGCCACCCCCAAGUCUACCUACAUCUGCUAAGAAAGAGGAACCCUCAUCUCAGAGCUCAAAUGUUGGGGAAGAGGGUGAUGGCAUCAUCUUGCCCUCCAUCAUCGCACCAUCUUCUACAGCUGAUAAGGUUGAUUUCAGCAGCUCCUCAGACUCUGAGUCAGAAACUGACCGUCCCUGCCAGGACUUAGGGGCUGGAGGCCCCCCAGAUAGGCUCACCCUCCCUCUUGCUGGUAUCAUGCAGAAAGAUGCAGCCAAAGCACUGCCAGGUGUCACAGAGCUCUUCCCCGAGUUUAGGCCAGGAAGGGUGCUUAGGUUCUUACGGCUGUUUGGUCCUGGAAAGAACAUGCCAUCAGUUUGGAGGAGUGCCCGCAGGAAGAAAAAGCGAAAGCACAGAGACCCUCAGCCUGGGACACCUCCUCCAGAGGGAGAACCAACAGAGCAAAGCCAGGAGAAGAAAUCUGGAUGGCUUUACGAGUAUGCGCCCGCUCCUCCCCCAGAGCAGUGUCUGUCUGAUGAUGAGAUAACCAUGAUGGCUCCAGUGGAAUCCAAGUUCUCACAAACUUGUGGCGAUGGGGACAAGGAGGCAGAGUCUCGACCUAAAGUAGCAGAAUGGCGAUACGGCCCCGCACAGCUCUGGUACGACAUGCUUGGCGUCUCUGAGGAUGGAAGCAACUUCAACUACGGCUUCAAGCUAAAAGAAAUGACGACCAGUGAGCCUCAGCAGCAGGACACGCUUAAAGAAAUCACAGAGACUGUACAUGAGUUUUUCAAGCGAGAUGGCAACGACAAUGAUGAUAAUGAAGAUGGAGAUAAGGACAGAUCAGCCCUGGAGAAUGAGCUCUUCCUGAUGGUCACGCAGCUGAAAUGGGAGGACGAUAUUAUCUGGAAUGGGGAGGACGUAAAACACAAGGGCACAAAGACUCAGCGAGCCAGCCUGGCAGGUUGGCUGCCCUCGAGCAUGACCCGCAAUGCAAAUGCUUAUAACGCACAGCAGGGU